AAUGAAUUUAUUUUCUCCUUCAACAUCAUUAACAACACCAACAAAUAAUAUGGACAGUGAAAGUAUUUUUGUAGCAAAUAGACAAUUUUUGGAUAAUAAUGAAAUUAGACAGGAUUUGUUAGAAUAUGUUGUUGGUUGUGCUAAUAAUCAACUAACUUCACAGAUUUCGUUCACCAACUUGGACCGAUCUCUUACAGCAGCAGCCUCAACCUCCUCUCAUUUAAGCAUAAAUAAUAAUUCAAAUUCAUUAGAAACUCCUCAUUCAAUUAAUACAUCACAAACAGAAAUUCACCCAUCUGCUGCGAGUAUUUCACUGUUAGCAGCUAAUUAUUUGCUACAAAAUCAACAAAAUAAUUUAAAUAAUUUAAUAUUUUCACCUCCCUCCUCUAAUUUAAAUUCCCCCAGUAUUUUUGGAAUUAAUCAACAAUUAAAUCAAAAUAAUUUAAAUAAAUCUCCGUUAGAUUUUGCAUUGUUAAAUAAUUCUAUUAGAGAGCAACAAAAUUGUGAACAGACACAACAACAACUUUCUCCGGUUAUAUUAAGGUUUGUAAAACUUUCCGGAAGAAAAUAA